AUGGCGGUCGUCGUUUCUUCUUUUAUCCCCCCUCUCUCCUCCCUCCCUAUCCCCACCUCACUCCGCGGAUCCCUCUCGCGACGAUUCCCCUCCGCACUACUUUCGCGCGGCGCCGUCCCUAAUCUCCUCGUCCUCCUCGUCGUGCUCCUAAUCGCCGUCCGAUUAGCUCCGCGAGUCGCCGCCUUACCGCACUACGGCGCCGUCCCCGGCGGAAGCUGUCCCAUGAAUGAUUGGUCCGAAAACGGCUACUGGGGCGCGCUCGAGGCGCGCACGCAAGCCGCGCUCGCCGUGGCGCAGGAGUGGCGCGACGCGGCGAACGAGGCGCUGGGAAAAGUCGAGCCGCUGCAGCUGCUGGUGGCGGCGCUGCUCGCGGCGGUGGUCGCGGGGAAACUAGCGCAACUCGCGGGUGCUGCUUCUGCGCAGAUCCGAUAUCAAGGCCUAGUACCGACUCUUACUGCCCUCUUCUUCUCCCUCAUCAGGCUUCUUCCAGGCGUGAGGGCUUACGUAGAAGAGCAACAGGCGAAGGCCAGGGCGCAGAUAACGGGGGGCGGCAGCAGCAGCAAGGAGCGCGCGCAGUGGCGGAAGAGGCUGCCAGACGUGGGCGCAGAGGCGGACGAGGUGCUGGGGGAGAUGCGCGCACUGAGGGAUAAGGACAAGCAGUGGCAGGGGCGAUGCUCUGGGACCGUCUAUGUGGGCGGAGAGUCAUACGAGAAGCAUAUGAAGCUCAUAUCGGAUGCCUACACCAUGUUCCAGCACACCAACCCCUUGCAUCCCGACGUCUUCCCCAGCAUCACUCGCUUCGAGGCCGAGGCUGCUAGGGACUACAUGCGCGCCAAGAAAGGCAUCACGCAACCUGAGAUGAUAGUACCCGUAUCAGCGCAUGCAGCGUACGACAAGGCAGCGGAGUAUUUCCAGGUGCACUUGCUGCGAGCCCCCGUGGCGGACGACUGGUGUGUGGAGGUGGAUGCAGUGCGGCGCCUCUGCUCCCGCAACACCGUGCUGAUAGUGGCAUCAGCGCCUGGCUUUCCACAUGGCAUCAUCGACCCUAUUCCGGAGUUGGGCGAGAUGGCGUUGCGCUGGGGCACGUGUCUGCAUGUGGACUGCUGCCUCGGAGGCUUCGUGCUGCCCUUUGCUAAGAAGCUCGGCUACCCCCUCCCGCCCUUUGACUUCUCAGUGCCUGGAGUGACGUCCAUGUCUGUGGACGUCCACAAGUACGGCCUCGCUCCCAAGGGCACGUCGGUGGUGCUGUACCGGAACCGAGAGAUCAGGAAGCAUCAAUUCUGCGCCGUGACGGAGUGGAGUGGUGGGCUCUAUGUCUCUCCCACUGUCUCUGGCAGUCGCUCCGGUGCUCUCAUUGCUGGCGCCUGGGCAGCCAUGCGGAGUAUCGGCAUGCAGGGCUACAUGGACAUCACAAAACGACUCAUGGAGGCAUCAAAAGCAAUCGUGGCAGGAGUAUCGCGCAUAAAGGGACUGCAGGUGGUGGGGGAACCGGACAUGACAGUCAUAGCAAUGACAUCCGAUGAGUUGGACAUUUACCGGGUGAAUGAUGCCAUGUCCAGCAAGGGAUGGGCCCUCUCCGCCCUGCACAAACCAGCCAGCAUUCACCUGUGUGUGACGCUGCAGCAUGUGGGCGUGGUGGAUGCUUUCCUGGAAGACCUACAGGCUGCUGUGGAUGAGGUGCGCUCAUCACCCUCCCCUUCAUCUGAAGGCAUGGCUCCCAUCUAUGGCGCUGGUAACCGCAUGCCGGACAGAGGAGCUGUGAAGGAGCUGCUGUUGGACUAUAUGGACUCCCUCACAUGA